AGUGUGCGUACAGCGGAAGAAAACAUGGCUGAACUGGACAUCGGCAAACAUUGCGAAGUCACGGCUUGUAACCAAAACGACUUUUUGCCCUUUACUUGUGAUGCCUGCUCUGGUGUUUUCUGCGGGGAGCACAGAAGUCGUGAAUCACAUUCAUGCCCUCAGCUGAAUGUUCAACGUGAGGUGAUUGUUUCAGAGGGUAGCGCUAGUAGCAACUUGUACCAAUGUGCAUUUCAGGAUUGUAAAGGUAGAGAACUGCUACCGGUCAUCUGCCCCCACUGUGAGAAGAACUUCUGUCUUGCUCAUCGACAUCAAGAUGACCACACGUGUGAAAAACUUGAGACACAGAAACCGCGAAUGGCAGCCACAAAGGAGCUGGUUCAAAAGAUUGUUGAAUCAAAGAAGAACACGCCGUCGAGCGGUCGUCGUAAGGGAGCUAAGAACAGCGCAACAGCAGCAAAGGUUGCACUUAUGAAGUUAAAGAUGCAUGCAUCUGGCGAUAAAGGAAUACCACAGGUGGAGAGAGCCUAUUUCCAAGUUUUCUUGCCCAAGGAAGCCAAAGACCGCUCUGUGGGCAUGUUCUUUUGCACUAAAUGGACUAUUGGGAAAGUGAUCGACACGGCUGCUUCACAGGCUGGCUUGAAGAACAACAACAACGUGCUAACAGCCAAGAAGCUGCGGUUGUGUCACCCUGAGACAGGUGAAGCUCUCAGAAUGGAUGUCACUCUGCUCUCUCUACUUGAACAAGAACUUCCACUACAUAAUGGAGGCAAUAUGAUCUUGGAGUACCUAGACAGCGGAUGCACUACGUUGGAUGAUGUUGGAGCAUAUAUUCCAACACCAUAAAAACUCCUUCUGCAGUGCUGAUGUCAGGGAGUUGGACGUUAUUGAUCUACCCUGAAAUCUCUCCUGAGACUUUUGAGAGCUCCAAAUGGCCAUGCAUUUGUUACCGUAUUUUACAAAUUGAUGAUAAUAAUAACUGUGUUAAGAAACA